AGCCGCGCCGAACCUGCACCCUCCCGCAGAGAAGCGGGGACGUUGGGGUGCCGCGCGGCUGGAAGUCAUUGGACAGGUAUGGUCUUGGAGCUGGUGGCCAUGGAACUGAAAGUAUGGGUGGAUGGCAUCCAGCGGGUGGUCUGUGGGGUCUCAGAGCAGACCACCUGUCAGGAAGUGGUCAUAGCACUAGCCCAAGCAAUAGGCCAGACAGGCCGCUUUGUGCUUGUCCAGCGUCUUAGGGAGAAGGAACGGCAACUGCUGCCACAGGAGUGUCCAGUGGGUGCCCAGGCUACCUGUGGACAGUUUGCCAGCGAUGUUCAGUUUGUCCUGAGGCGGACAGGGCCCAGCCUAUCUGGAAGGCCCUCCUCAGACAACUGUCCACCCCCGGAGCGAUGCCCAGUUCGUGCCAGCCUCCCCCCAAAGCCACGGGCAACACCAGGCCAUGAGCCUCGAAAAGCACUGACCUUCAGCCUGGGAUGCCCCAGGCUGGCCCCCAGCCCCUUGCCCCCUGAGCCUGAAACCCCCAUAGUACCAACACCAGGCUGCUUUGCAGACCUGCAGGGCCUGGAGCUCAGGGUGCAGAGGAAUGCCGAGGAGCUGGGCCACGAGGCCUUCUGGGAGCAGGAGCUUCGGAGGGAACAAGCCCGGGAGCGAGAGGGACAGGCACGCCUGCAGGCUUUGAGUGAGGCUACUGCCGAGCAUGCUGCCCGGCUGCAGGCCCUGGACGCUCAGGCCUGUGCCCUGGAAGCUGAGCUGCGGUUGGCCACUGAGGCCCCAGGGCCUCCUUCGGCCACAGCGUCUGCUACGGAGCGCCUGCGCCAGGACCUGGCCAUCCAGGAACGGCAGAGUGUGGAGGUGCAGGGCAGCCUGGCUCUGGUGAGCCGGGCUCUGGAGGCUGCUGAGCAUGCCCUGCAGGCCCAGGCUCAGGAGCUUGAGGAAUUGAACCGGGAGCUCCGCCAGUGCAAUCUGCAGCAAUUCAUCCAGCAGACGGGGGCUGCACUACCACCACCCCCACGGCUAGACAGAGUGCCCCCUGGCACACAGGUCAGAUUGGUUCUUGGGAGAAACAAGAUGGUGGGGGCCCAGCCCAGCCCCCAGUUGACACACACUCUUCACAGGACUUUCUGCCUCCAGCCAGAGAAGAGACCCUCCAGGGAGCCCCCCAGAACCGUGUCACAGUGCCCAGCCUGAGUCCUGAGGUUUCCCCCAUGUGGCAGAGCUCCUGGAGGUAGCAGCUUCUGCCCCACUGGGGCUUGCUGAGGACAGAUGAGCCAGGACAGACGAGAUAAGUUGCCUGGAUAGUAGGCAUCUGUGACCAGAGAGGAUUCCUCCCCAUGCAGUGGGAUUCGUUGGUGUCCUGGUGUUUUUGCCAAGUCCCCUGAAGAAACACAGGACAUAGCUCAGAAUGCUCCAGGCCCCAAAGGCCACUACACCUUGUUGGGGAGAGGAGAAGUGUGAGCAGCACCUUCAACCUGCCAGUGUGUGCCUGCCUGUGGAUACGCAGCCUCCCCGUCCCAACACUUGAACCUCAAUAAA